GUUACUCAUUCUGUUUUGUGGUUUUGUGGGUUAGAAUGCAUUUCUAAAAUGCAUUUCGAUUUUCAAAUUCAAGCUCAGCUCUCGAUUCGCUCAAUGUAUUCCUGACUAAAGAGGCCCCCGGUAGCCUCGGCGUCCCCCUUUGGAGCUGCAGCUGCUAACCCGCAAUUGUGUUUUGUUGUGCUGCCCAAAACUGUCAACAUUUGCAGCCGGUCAGGCUGGCAGCCCUGGUAGCCCAGGCAGGCCUGGCUGUCCAGUGCAAACGUUAUGAUAAUCACCGACAACGAUGCGGCGUCAGCAUCGGCCGAAGGACCAACGGGAUAACGGCAUAGCGAACUUCAUCUGGUGCGGGUUCAGAUACGCACACAUGAAUGCACGAGCGCAAGGACGAGCGCUGGACGCAGGACAUCAGUCCGAUGCUGAUGACCACAGUGAAACCAUCCGGCCUGUCCACAAACUGUCCAAAUAUGUGUUGGUUUUGUUGCCGUUCGCACAGUGCCAAGUGAAUUGUCCGCAUCGAAACGAAACGAAACGGAUUGGAAUGGAAUGGAAUGGAAUCGGAACGGCAUCGCCACCGCCGGGCGCAAUGAUGAGCGAAAAAUUGACAUGCAUGUAAUUAGUGACAUAAGGACAUCUGCAUCUGCAUCUGGAUCGCUAUAUGUCAACGACUGCUGUUUGCCUGAUGACCUC